AUGGACGUGUCUCCAAAUGUUGUGGGACUGCAACCUCGAAGAGGGGCACGUACACUCUCUUCUACAUAAAGAUGUUAGUCCCACUACAUCGAGGAUGAUGAUGAUAUUACUUGAUGAUAUUAAUCAUUAGUGUUGUUGGCGCACUAGUGCUAGCCUAAAACAUCCACAAGAGGAGCGUAGAUACAGUAAAAUUGUAAAAAGCUGACAAUUUUUCCCAAAACUUAAACUCGGGCUCAAAACACUUACAUUUACUGCUAUAUCACAAGUAGUACCUACGUACGUACAACAUUCCCUCACAGUGAAAUAGUCUUUACUGUACUGACCUCAGCGCGGCAUAGCGAGAGUGGGCCACCACCGGAACCGAAGAAAUUUGCCUAUCUAAAAGAAGGGCUUUUGCUGCAUGGGCGAAUACGGAGAAUAUCGAAAAAACACAAUUGGGGUUGGCUCUCUAGUGAGAGUUGCUACUGCGAUAUCCUGUUUACACUCAGCGAGUACUUUUUUUUCUUUGAUAUUUCUUUGUCAGUAGUAGUCGUCCGAAGUAAUGUCUUUGUAUCCUAUGAAAACUAUGGGUUAGCCUACUAACGAUCCAAGAUGAAUUUCUGCAUCAACACACACCAGCGUGCAGCACGCACCUCCGAGUCACCGCGUACCAGAGGGGUGCUCAUCCUUGCCACCUGACGCAGACCCUGCAUCUGGAUUUUUAGAUCUUACCAGCGGUAGCAAGUCAGCAGGAACAAGUCAGCAGUCAACAGGAGCUGAGCAGGGCAGUGCCACCACUGUGGGAACCACAACUGCGGGGGCCACUUCUGUUGAGAAACCAACUACCGAGACGAAAGGGGCUACUAGUACAACUAAUGUUGGAGCUAGUAAUGAUGUUGUGGAUCCUGGUGCUGUCACCAAUACUACAACCAGCUCUACUAGUAGCGAGCCGGUGCCGUUGAAGCGGGACGAUGUCGUGAGCUUUCACAUCCAGCUAAAUGACAGGCGUGUGAUAUAUUUGCUAGAGCAAUAUAACGCGGACAUGGGGAGCACGAGUUUAGCAACAUUGCCAUCUUCAGCAACGCCGAAGCACGUCGACGGCGCAGCUCUCGUGAAGACAGCGAGCACUGCGAGUUCCUCGGCAUCUGCUACAGUUACGACGAAGAGUGCGUCUACAGUUUUUGACAAAAAAGAUUUAAGUAACAUUACAUAUAGUUUCAACAUCUUUUUUUAUAGCCUAUUUCACGCCAAGCACUAGUCCACAAACGAUGCCGCGUCUACAGUAGUACUAAGAUUAUAGUCGCAACAUCUUUUUUGCUUGCCAUUCACUAUCCAGUUUAUUCUCUGCCAGUCGCGAUCCACUUGAUUUUUGCUUAUACCACAAUAAAAAUAUCGAUAUCAGAUCCUUUGAUCUGCCGUAGUUGAGAAAGCUCCAAUACACGGGGACCUAGUACUUCCGGCGUCAGAGGUAGUAAAACAGCAGAUACACCAUCCACUGCGGCGUAUGCGGUCUCUAGCGG